AUGGACCCAGAUAAACAAGAUGCUCUUAACAGCAUUGAGAAUUCCAUUUAUAGAACAGCCUUCAAACUACGAUCCCUACAAACCCUGUGCCAGUUGGACUUGACUGACAGUUCUCUAAUUCAACAUGUCCUGCUACGUCAAAGUCUCCAGGAGGCAAGAGGGAGCACACUCUCUGUGCAGCAGAUUUUUCAGGCUCUGCAGGAGCUGUUUCAGAGAGUCAGGGUGGAAAAACCAGGACAGGUGCACCCCAGAGCUUCGGAGCUCACUCUGAGCCUGCUCACGACGAUGUAUGACAGCGCGGGAACGGGUUUUCUCAAGCUUGCACCUGCAGCCGCUGCCCUGAUUGCCCUCUCAGGGGACAGCCCUCUUACAAAAUACAGAGCUCUUUUUCAGCUCUAUGCAGAAAAUAUCAGGGGAGGUUAUGAUUCUGGGGCACGCAUGACUCGAAGAGUUUUGAGAAACCUACUAACAGAUCUACAACAGAUCCCGACUGUCGUGGGGGAGAGUCAAGCUCUGUGCUCCGUGGAGAGCGCUACGCGCAGCUGUUUCCAAGGGGUGCUGAGCCCAGCAAUCAAAGAAGAGAAAUUCCUCUCAUGGUUACAGUCCGAGCCUCCCAUCCUCCUGUGGCUCCCAACUUGCUACCGAUUGUCAGCCACUGAAAUGGUCACUCACCCUGUUCGGUGUAAAAUCUGCGGGAACUUCCCCAUCACGGGGCUGAGGUACCGCUGUCUGAAGUGUCUCAACUUUGACAUCUGCCAGGGGUGUUUCUUAUCUGGUCUUCAUGGCAAGUCUCACCAGAAGUCCCAUCCUGUGAUCGAGAACUGCAUCCAGAUGUCAGUAAAGGACAAUACAAAACUCCUUCUCAGGACACUCAGAAACAACUUGCUCCAAGGGCGCUGUAGGAGGAAAGAAGCUGCGAGAAGGCAGAGGCUGCUGGACCAGGUGAACCCAGAGGAUAGGGCUGACCAUGCCCCGGCCAGGCUCCUUAAAAAACAGUUAAACCGAUGCAAAGACAAGUUGCAAGCCAUAUAUGCCUGCCAGGAAGAAAAGAGUCACAGAUUUGAAACAAAGAUCCAUGAGCUCACAACCAACCAGAACAGUCUGUGGACCAAACUACAGCUAAUGGAGCAGGAUCUACAGGCAUUGUUGCACCCCUUCCAUCCUUCACCUUCUUCCUGUCAAAAUGUGGUGGCCAAGGGUGAUCACGGAAAGUGUGAAGGGUUUUGGAAGGGAAGAGAUUCCUCCCAGAUCAAGGAUGCCACUGAGGAUGGUUCAGAACAGGACACUCACUCUAAUACCGUGAUUGAUAGAAGUCGCCAAGGUCCAGCACACGCAGAACAUGCUCUACCAAACUCAGAAUCACCAAAGGCCGCUUUGCAGCGGAAGUCAGUGCGAAGUACUGGGACACGAAGCCAAGCACCAAAGGCCUCGAAGGAAAUCUUUAGCUCCCUACCCAGUUUCCACAAUGACCUGCUGCAGGACACCCCCACCAUUGCUCCUGCUGAAAUGGCACCCACAGAAAGGAAAGGGGCUGUUACUAUCCAGAAAGAAAAGGAUGAGCCAGAGGAAGAGGAACUGCAAGAACUGUUGUCAAAACUCACAGAUACCUUCACUCUAGAAAUGACUUCAGAUGCACAGUCUCUGGUAAACAUGGACCUGUACUGUGGAGCUGAGCGCCUGUGCAGGGCCUUCUCUGCCCUUGUUGGAAAGAUCACCUUGUCCAACAUAAAGUGA